UGAAUGUAGAUCACUUCAAACACGCUUGUUAUGGUUCAUUGAAUUCUUUAUCAACCACACUGUCCUUGCCGAAAAAGAAUUGCUUGAGGUUUUGAAGAUUUAUCAAGUUUUGAAAAUACACUACACGUGAUACUCUAUUGUUUUAUCAUGGAAAAGAAAGUAAGUACAACAGCAGAAAUAAGAAGCCACAUAAAAGCCUGUGCUAAACUUAAAAAAUCAGCAAUGGAAACAUUCGAAGAAGUUCAUAAUAUUUAUGGAGACCAACAACCGUCAUAUAGAACCGUUUCCAGGUGGUUGAAGAAAUUUAAAGAUGAAAGAGAAAGUGUUAAAGAUGAUGUACGAUCUGGAAGACCAAAAACGCCUCAAAGAAAGUUUAAUAAUAAAGUAUGGAUGACGAAACAUGGAAAGCGUCCAGUUAUUGCUAAACGCUGUCAGAGCACCAAAAAGAUUCUCUAUGCUAUAUUCUUUGAUAGGGAGGGUGUUGUGUUGCAAUUUCCGAUUCCCGAGAAGAAGAGUGUUACUGGAAAGAUGUAUAAAUAUAAAAUUUUGCAUAAACUUAAACAGCAAUACAAAAAGAAACGUCCAAAAACUGGUAUCAAGGGUAUCUUCUUGUUGCACGACAAUGCUCCAGCCCACAAGUCAAAAUUAGUGACAGAUUUUCUCAGUAAAGAGGGGGUUAUUGUCAUCCCUCACCCUGCCUACUCUCCAGAUCUUUCCCCCUGUGACUUUUUUUCUAUUCACAAAACUUAAAAGACAUUUAUCUGGAAGACGCUAUAACUCUAGGGCAUCACUUGGCUCUGCAAUACAUCAGUUUGUGAAGGGUCUUCCUAAAGAGGAAUAUAGAAAAGCAUUUCAGGAGUGGAUUUCUCGUUUGAAAAAGUGUAUACGUGUUAAAGGGGAGUACUUUGAAGGAAUGAAAUAAAGAAAU